AAAUGCUUUAUUUUAUUGGUUAAGUUUUAUGAUCAAACCCAGCCCAAUUCUUGAUGAAUUCUUGUUUUUUUCUUUUGCUUGGAACUCACCAAAGGGACAAUCAAGUUCUACCGAAGGCCAGUCACUUUUUGGUGAUGAAGGUAGAUUUUCAGUAUUGUCUUGGAAGGAAGUUGGUGACGAUGAAGACGUGGCAGCUGCUCAAGGCUUGGAGUUGGAGGGCACAAAGCGUUUGAAUUCAAAUUGUAGCAGUGGAGUGAAAGACUCAAGGAGUAGCAUUAAAUGGACUGAUGAUGGUAGCUCCAAAAAGAAAAAUUCUGGGGCAACGGCUGAUGCCAGUUCGACUGCUCCUGUUAGAACAGCGGCUGCACCAGAGGAAAAGAUUGUUGUACAACAAACUAAGGAAGUGCAUGACAGUUGGAAGACUAUAAAUGAAGAGAGCGUGGGAUUGUCAUUUGGACCAAUUUCAAUAAAGCCCAAUGGUGAUGCAGCUCAUGGUUUGGACCGUGAAAAGGCCCAAGAAACCCGAGAUCAAAUUCAACACCUUGCAUUUUGGGAAAAUAUUGAUAGCAAUUCAGGACCAAUUAAAGAAUGGAUGGGAGGAGGCGAAAGCAGGGAAGCAAAAAGGAGGAGCAGAAAAGCAAAAUCAUGUGCUGCAAUUUACAGGGAUGCCAAGGUGAUUCAAGCAAGAACAAGAAAGAGAAAUAGUGGAAGAUCAAGGAAGAAGAUAGAUCCGAACUCAGAUAUGCCCAAAUUUUUUCCAACCUCAAGUAACCAAGUGGUUGGGGAAUCAUUGGAAGACAGCAACAUCUACAACUGCAACAGAGGGAUUUUGGCUAAGGAAAAGUUGAUUGGGGCCAAGGAAUUAUGGGAGUUUGCGAAGACAAUUGGGGUGGUGGCUACUGUACAAGAGGAGGUGAUUUUGAAGAAAUUAGAGCAAAUGGAAUUAAGAGAUAGGGAACGGUGCAAGACAACUACAGGCAAAAAGGAGCAUAAUGAGGUCGGGGGUGGUAAGACAAGAUGAUUAUAUUGUCUUGCAAUGUUAUAGGAUUCAGGGGUGGCGGAAAAAAUAGGGAGAUUAGAAAUCUUGUAAGAAAUGAGAGGGUGGAGCUUUUACUUAUUCAAGAAACAAAAUUAGAGUUAGUAGAUAGAAGAUUAUGUAGAGAAAUUUGGGGGGAGGACAAUUUUGAGUGGGCUGCUAAAGUAUCUAAUGAAAGAUCUAGAGGCUU